AUGGCGGACCUGGGAACUGUUGCUGAGGCCCUUACGGCGAGUUUGGAUCCUCGGCGAAACAAAGAAGCGGAAGCUGCUCUGCGUUCGCAAGAGGCAAAUCCCGGUUUUUCUCUCCAGCUGCUUCAGAUCACGGCAUCCACUGCCUACCCGAUACAAACCCGUCUUGCUAGUGCCCUCUUCUUCAAGAACUUUAUCAAGCGAAACUGGACGGAUGAAGAUGGAAACUACAAACUUCCUUUCGAGGAAGUCACCACAAUCAAGCAAGAAUUGAUCAGCUUGAUGAUUUCUGUGCCUCCUGCAAUCCAAACACAGCUAGGCGAGGCAGUCAGUGUGAUUGCUGACAGCGACUUUUGGGAGCGUUGGGAUACUCUAGUUGAUGACCUUGUCUCGAGAUUGACACCGAAUAACCCUGCUGUCAACAAUGGCGUUUUGCAGGUCGCUCAUUCCAUCUUCAAGCGAUGGAGACCUUUGUUCCAAUCGAACGAGCUGUACACCGAAAUUAAUCAUGUUCUAGACAAAUUUGGCAACCCCUUCCUGCAGCUGCUUCAGGGCCUCGAUGCCUACCUCGAAGAAAACAAGGCGAACAAGGAAAACCUGGUGCAGGGAUUUACACAGCUCAAUCUUAUGAUCAAGCUGUUGUACGAUCUGUCCUGCCACGACCUUCCCCCGAUGUUCGAAGAGAAUAUUGCUGGAAUAGCUUCGUUCUUGCUCAAGUACUUGACCUAUGAUAACCCGCUCCUUCACACCGAUGAUGAAGCCGAGGCAGGCCAACUGGAGUAUGCUCGUGCCGGAAUUUUCGAGGUCUUGACUCUAUACGUCCAGAAAUUCAUGGAUGCGUUCCAGCCUCAUGUGGGACAGUUCGUCGAGAGUUCCUGGAACUUCUUGACUACCAUUGGACAGGAAACCAAAUACGAUAUCCUUGUCAGUCGGGCCCUGCAGUUCCUGACCUCCAUAGCAGCUAUGCCGGAGCAUGCCGCUGCAUUCCAGGCGGAAGGAACUUUGAACCAGGUUAUCGAAAAGGUUAUCCUGCCCAAUGUGUCUUUGCGGGAGUCGGAUGAGGAGCUUUUUGAGGAUGAGCCUAUUGAGUUCAUUCGCCGUGACUUGGAGGGAUCGGACAGUGACACUAGGCGCCGGGCUGCCACGGACUUCCUGAGGCGCCUGGCCGAGAAAUUCGAGCAGUCGGUGACCAAGGUUGUUCUGCAGUACACUGAGCAUUACCUCAAUGAAUACACGAAGAACCCGGCGUCGAACUGGAAGUCUAAGGAUACGGGAACAUAUCUGUUCUCGGCCAUCGCUGCGAAAGGAACUGCUACUGCCAGCCACGGAGUGACCGCGACUAACCCACAGGUCAGCAUCACUGAUUUUUUCCAGCGCAAUCUUGCCGCGGAUCUCAUUUCAGAUGAUGGAGUUCAUCCGAUCCUCAAGGUCGAUGCUAUCAAAUACCUGUACACUUUCCGGAGCAUCAUCACCAAGGAACAGUGGCAAGAAGUUCUGCCCAUGCUGGUUAAGCACCUCGCUUCCUCAAACUAUGUUGUUUACACAUAUGCAGCGAUUGCUGUCGAGAGAGUCCUCUACCUCAGUGAUGGACAAGGACAACCUGUUAUUGCACCUGCUUCGAUCACACCCUUGGCGAAGGACCUGUUGGAGCAUAUUUUCUCCUUGAUCAAGAAAGAUUCAGCCCCCCAGAAGGUUCAAGAAAACGAGUUCUUGAUGCGAUGCGUGAUGAGAGUCCUCAUUGUGAUCAAGGAGGGCGUUGUCCCCUAUACGGAUGCUGUGCUUCAGCAUUUCAUCGACAUCACCCAAAUCAUCAGCUCCAACCCUAGCAAUCCGCGAUUCUAUUAUUUCCACUUUGAGGCACUCGGCGCUUUUAUCCGGUUUGCCGCGCCCUCUAAUCCAGACAAGCUAGAGCAGACUCUCUAUCCGCCUUUUGCAGCUGUACUUCAAGGAGAUGUUCAAGAAUUCAUUCCCUAUGUCUUCCAGCUCUUUGCGGCUCUUCUCGAGGCCAAUCCGUCGGGAACACUGCCCACCUACUACCAGAACCUUGUUGCCCCCAUACUCAUGCCUGUCAUGUGGGAGUCGAAGGGCAACAUUCCCGCCCUUGUCCGCCUUCUGUCUUCGAUCAUUGCCCGUGGCUCUCAAUUUGUCUUGGAGAACAAUCAGAUCGAGCCGAUUCUGGGCAUUUUCCAGAAGCUGCUUUCUACCAAAGCCAAUGAGAGCCAUGGGUUUGAUCUGUUGGAGAGUGUUAUCGCGAACUUCCCACCGGCUGCUUUGGAGCAAUAUUUCGCCUCGAUCAUGCAGAUCAUUUUGACUCGCCUGCAAAAUUCCAAGACCGAAAAUUUGACUAUGCGGUUUGUGCGCUUCUACCAUUUCCUCUCCGCGCGUGACGACAAGGGCUACAGUGCCGAUUUCGCCAUCCAGGUCACCGAUAAGGUGCAGGCAGAUCUCUUUACUCCCAUCUACCUGAACGUCAUUCUCCCAGAAACCCAGAAGCUUGCUCGGCCUUUGGAUCGCAAGACUGCCGUGAUUUCUUUCACCAAGACACUGGCGAAUUCGGAAGCCUUUGCCAACCGGUACAAGAAGGGUUGGGGCUUUACAUGUGAGGCUCUCCUGAAGCUCCUGGAACUGCCUCCUCUCCCGGCAAGCAAGGACGAUAUGAUUGCUGAGCACGAUGUUGAAGACAUGGCCUUCGGCGUCGGGUUCACCGCUCUGAACACGAUAAAGCCUGUUACCAAGGAUCCAUGGCCAGAGACUGGAGCCGACCUUAAGGUCUGGGUUGGAAAGUACCUGAAGGAAGCCGACAAGAAACAUGGCGGACGAAUCUCUGGAUUUGUACAGGAGCGCUUAAGCGACGAGGCCAAGACCGUACUGAACAGCUAUAUUGCUGCGUAA